AUGAAUCAAUUUAUUAAAUUUAAUUUUGUUUUUAUUAUUCUUAUUAUAUCUAUCUAUGGAAAAAAUAUUGAUAAUUCUUAUAAAACAUUAAAUGAUGAUCCAAAUGAUGAUCCAAUUGAUAUGUCAAUUUCAACUACAACAACUAAACAAAAUAAAAUAUCAUUAGCAUCAAUGAGUUGUAUUGAAUCUCGUCGAUGUGGUUGUUAUAAAGGUUAUUGUUGGGCAUAUAUUGAUGAAUAUCAAAUGCCAACAACUGGUUGGUGGUGUUUUACACAACAAGAAGGUAUACGUGGUAAACAAAAACAAUGGGCAAAAUGUACAAAUAGUAGUCAAUGUUCAUGGACUAUGACUUGUGGUGAUUGUUAUACUUAUGUUGGAAAAAGAACUGGUAUCAAAACAGAUAAAAUUCUUUGUUAA